CUGAACCUGCCCGUCAUCGCGGUUUGAAGAGGUAUGUUCAAGUGCCGCUAGGCUCCCCUCUCAAGGAAGCGAUUCUAAUUCUGGAGAAACGUAACUGAUUAUUCUACCCCCACAGAAUCAAGCGAAUGUUUCUGUCUUUUCCUGUCAAGAAAUCUGCUAGGAAAUCUUCUCUAAUCACUAAGUUCUCUGCUCUGCUUUCUAAAAUUGUUAUUCCAAGCAAUGACUCUUCAAAAACUGUGGCAGAUUAACCAUUCGAAUUAGAUAUUCGAAUUAAUUUUCUAUGAACUUUGUUACUGGCACCAGUUUUCUAUUUUACAUCACAGCAGUGAUCUACCAGGAGUAGGGGCUGUCUCUAUUCUAUGCUUAGAGGCACAGACAAAUUUUUGAUUGUUACUUUGCAGAAUCUGAGAUUGCGCCAAAAUGGAUCUUGAAUGUAUGGAGAAGAUCAACCAUUACUGUCAAAUAAAUAAACUUACACUGCUUUAUGACCCUGCUGGGAUGACUGGCCCAUCUCACGAUCCUGAGUUCACAAUUGUGGUCAAACUAAAUGGUGUGGAAUAUGGUACAGGCACUGGUAAAAGUAAGAAAGAAGCAAAAAGAGUAGCAGCAAAAAAAACGUGGGAAAUGAUUGAGAAACAGAGUCCUCCAAGUAUGGGUGCUGCAGAAUCAGCAACAACUCAAACAAUCUCAUCACCUGAACCAGACAGAAACUAUGUCAGUCUACUGAAUAUUUUUGCACAAAAGACACGGCUAAAAGUUGAUUAUCCUGAAAGAACUCGUACUGGAGAUGCCCAUGCUCCCAUAUUUUCUUGUAGCUGUACAAUUAGUGGUCAGGUGUAUGGAAGGGGCACUGGACCUACUGUAGCUGCUGCAAAACAAGCUGCUGCAAAACAAGCAUUUGAGAAGGUGGAAACUGAAAAGUCUAAUGGCAAUUCAAUAUUUAGCAUACAUAGUAAUUCCUCUCAAGUGCCAACUCAGUCUGAUUCAAACAGUAUUUCCUUUGAAGACUCAGCUCCAAUGUUGGUAGAAAAAAUGAAAGACAUGGCAGUAUGUGAAAAGCUUUCACCUUCUCAGAGAAAUGCACAGAGUUCUGCCCUGAAGUCCAAAAGAAAAUUGGCAGCUAAUUUUCCUAAUGUAAGAAAAGAGGAAGAGAACAAAAAUAUGUCAGAUUCAGAUGAAAGUUUGCCAGAUGUGGACAUGAAUACCAGAAAAGGGAAUGGAAAUCCACACACUGUUGAUAAAAUAUUUCUUGAUAAUUUUAAAAAUAUAGAGCCUAUUGGUGAAGGUGGUUUUGGGAAUGUUUUCAAGGCAAGAUCAAAGUGCGAUAAGACAACCUAUGCAAUCAAACGAGUUGAAUUCACAAAGAAUGUAAGGCGUGAAGCAGAAGGACUUGCAAGACUUACACAUGAAAACAUAGUGCGGUAUCAUUGCAGCUGGAAAGGGUACGACCAUAUAACUAGUCGAGAUGCAAGCCUGAAUUCAGACAAAACAACUCGCUGUCUUUUCAUCCAAAUGGAAUUCUGUGAAAAAGGGACCUUGGAAAAGUGGAUUGGAGAGAAUAGAGAAGACCAAAACUAUCAUGAAAUGGCACAAAACAAAUUUUUACAAAUAAUGAAAGGAGUGGAAUAUAUUCAUUCUGAAAAGUUAAUUCAUCGAGACCUCAAGCCUCCGAAUAUAUUCAUAUCACAUGAUGAUAAAAUAAAAAUAGGUGACUUCGGUCUUGUGACUCCUGUGGCAUAUGAGACUCUGACUAAGAACAUAGGAACAAAAUCAUAUAUGGCACCAGAACAGUUCGGGGACAGAUAUGGAAAGGAAGUAGAUAUUUAUGCACUGGGACUAAUUUGGUUUGAAAUUCUUUCAGCACUUACUAAUCAUGAGAAAAAUGAGGUAUGGCCUUCUGUUAGAGAAGGUAAUUUUCCAGAGAGUUUCACCAACCAAUUUCCACCAAAGGCAUCCAUAAUCAAAAAGAUGCUUUCAACAGACCCUUUGAAGAGACCCUCUGCAACUCGAAUACUUGACCUUGUUAAGUCUGUUGAUAAAGAGAAGUCACCUAAAAAUUACACUUGUUAAAUGCCCUUUUAAAAGGCUUUCAGACUCUG